AUGCUUUUUAAGCAGGUAACUCAGUCUAGUGGAAUCGUUAAGCGCGGCCGAAGCCGUCUAAGAGAGAAUCUUUUCUUUGCCUUAGUUAUUGCUGCUGCUGCAGCUGCGGCGGCUGCGGCGGCUAUACUACGCACUCUCACCCCCGAAGCUUCGCCCUCUCUUUUAGACCCUCUUACUAAGCGCUUGCUUAUGCUAACGACCGUCAAGGCCUUAAACAACUGCACUGCUGCUUCUGCCGCUGCUAACACCGCUUUCGAUAACUUCCUCGCCUUAGAUGCUGCUUUUUCAAGAGGUGUUGCUAGUGGUGCGGGCGGUCUAGCGAGUAGAAGUGGAGGUUUUAAAAGUAGUCCCGGUGGCCUUGCAAGUUUUGCUCCUGCUCUUAGGACCUUCAAUUUGAAUGUGGCCCCUGUUGGAUUGAAUGGUCCUGUGGCAGCGCUCCGAGUCGGUGGCUCUUAA